AUGAAGCACAUGAAUGAAAGUUUUCCAGAGGAUUUCAUUCUUAUGGGCUUUACCAAAUACCCUUGGUUGGAUCUUCCUCUCUUCUUUGCCCUCCUGAUCUCCUACACGUUCACACUGUUGGGAAAUAUUGCUAUUACUCUGGUUUCCCAACUAGAUUCCCAACUCCAAAGUCCUGUGUAUUUCUUCCUCACAAUCCUCUCCUUUUUGGACCUCUGUUUCACCACCAUAACUGUACCCCAAAUGCUAUUCAACCUGGGGGGCCCCAACAAGAACAUCACUUACCUAGGCUGUAUGGCCCAGGCCUAUAUAUUCCACUGGCUAGGCUGUACUGAAUGUGUCCUGCUUGGCAUCAUGGCCUUAGACCACUACAUGGCUGUGUGUAAGCCUCUGAGGUGCUCCGUAAUUAUGCACCCCAAGCACUGCCUGCAGCUCUCCAGCACUGCGUGGCUCGUUGGUCUGGCAAAUUCCCUGCUGCAGUCCACACUCACGGUCCAGCUGCCCCUGUGUGGGAACCAGGAGCUAGACCACUUCUUUUGUGAGCUGCCAGGGCUUAUUAAGAUGGCUUGCGUGGACACCAUGAUCAACGAGGUUACUUUAGCUGUGGCGGCCACCUUUCUGAUAAUGGGUCCCCUCUCCAUGAUUCUUGUCUCUUACAGUUGUAUUGCCCAAGCCGUAUUUCGAAUCCCCUCCACUGAUAAGAGACUUAAGGCCUUCAACACUUGUUCUUCACACCUACUGGUGGUGUCUUUAUUUUAUGGCCCAGGCACCUACAUCUAUAUGCAGCCCUCGGGGGAUAGCCCUCAAGACCUUACCAAAGCUCUGACGCUGUUUUACUGUGUUAUUACUCCGAUGGCCAACCCAUCCAUCUACACCCCGAGGAACAAGGAUGUUAAAGGAGCUUUGAGGAGACUUCUCAGGGGGGCCAUUUUGUCCAAAAGAUUUGGUUCUUCGUCCGCCUACAAGGACCUCGAAGGGCACGGGGUAUUCCUGCUCCCCGACAACCCGCAGCGCAACACCAACAGGAGGCCCGCGUCACGCUCUGGAGCGCGCACGUCCGCGUGCUUACGGUGGGCCCGGGCUGUGGCCGCGGUCGCCGAGACUGGGGGGCCGGCUCUCGCGCGCGGGGCCCGCUCCUGUGCCCGGCGCCGCAGGAGUGAGGCCCCGCGGGCCGUGCGGGCGGCCGGAGGCGGGUCUCUGGUGAACACCUCCCCGCCCCCGGCCCGCCUCGGCGGCUCCGGCCUCCAGCGCCGUCGCGAAGCGGAGGACUUCGGAGUGUGA